AGGGAAUUCCCUGUUAAAGUUUCAUUUUGAGCAGCAUAAAUAGCCGGUACAGGGACAAAACGAAAGUGUUGACUACACAGCAGUGAAGCAAAGAUGAUGUCCCUCUUCCUGAUUGUUUUUUGUUUAUUCAAAGCCUCGGCUUCACUCAGUCUACAUGGAGACACAACAGCUGAGUACGGCAGUGAUGCGCACUACAGGUGCGCGCUGUCAAACUCCACAGGUGUGCUGCAGGUUACUUGGCAAAGGUUCGUCAAGGGGACAGUGGAGGACAUGGCAACAUACAGCGAGCGCUUUGGAAUAGAUGUAAAAACGCCCUACCGUGGAAAAGUGCUCGUUACGAAAGAGUCUUUCAGCCCUUCGGCGAUCAAACUGACGAAUCUCACAUGGGAGGAUGAGAGUUGUUUAUCCUGCGCCUUUAACAUCUUUCCUGGCGGCUCAAAAAGAAGCCAGAUUUGCCUCAAAGUGCAAGGGAUAUCAAAGGUGAACACAAUGCACCACGCAAAGCAAGAUGGAGAAGUUGUGUUUAGCUGCUCCGCCACAGGCAAACCAGCUCCCACCAUAGAGUGGGACCUUUCAGAUGGAGCCGCAAUCGCAGAAGAACCACAGACGGUGACAGUAAAAAACAGCGAUCACACGUUCAACGCCAGCAGCAACAUAACUGUGAAAGUACCUCCCGGUUGGCGUGGACACGCGGCGUGUGUUCUGAACCGUGGAAAAAUUGGAGAGAGGGAAGAGAGGAUCGCUUUCUCCUCCUCUGCAUCGGCGGACGGGGAUGAGCAGAGAGGACCGUCUCCGUCAGCGAUCGCACUGAUCUGCAUCACUAUAAUUGUUUGCUGUAUAGCUGUUGCAGUGUAUGUGAUUAAAAGGAGUUCUAGGAAGCACAACCAGAGAGAAGGAUCAUGUUCCAUGCAUGCAUAACCAAUGUUAGACUUUCUAGCUGCCUUUUGCGAUGCAAGCAUUACAAACCCCUUUCCUUUGUGAAUUAAGGUCAGGCAUUGGCAGGUAGCUUCAAACUUUCACAUGCGUGGACCUGUCCAUUGACAUUUCUUAUGAACUGCGCUACUCAGCACUUUAAUGUCAUCGAGCUUUGAGCAAAACAUGUUUCAUCCGACUCUGAAUGUAAAAAAAAUUAAAAUACACAAAUAUCAUGGAGAAGAAGCGGUGCAAAGCCACAAGGAUGUGAUAGGAAG